AUGGACUGGAAAGAAAUUCUCCGCCGGCAGAUAGCGGCGCCCAACACCAGUCCAAAACUGCCAGCUGAAGAUGAAGUCUUACUACAGAAAUUAAGAGAAGACUCCAGAGACGUCUUUCUGCAAAGGAAAAGCAGGGAACCGUUAGAUAAUGAAGAAUUACAGAACUUAAGGUUUUUGCUGGACAGGCACCAGACACCACCCAUGACUGGAGAGGAAGCAAUGAUUAAUUAUGAAAAUUUUUUAAAGGUUGGUGAAAAAGCUGGACAAAAGUGCAAGCAAUUUUUCACAGCAAAAGUCUUUGCUAAACUCCUUCAUACAGAUUAUUAUGGAAGAAUUUCCAACAUGCAGUUCUUUAAUUAUGUCAUGAGAAAAGUUUGGCUUCAUCAAACAAGAAUAGGCCUCAGUUUAUAUGAUGUUGCUGGACAGGGGUAUCUUCGGGAAUCUGAUUUAGAAAACUACAUAUUGGAACUUAUCCCUGCUUUGCCACAAUUAGAUGGGCUGGAAAAAUCUUUUUACUCCUUUUAUGUAUGUACAGCAGUUAGGAAGUUCUUCUUCUUUUUAGACCCUCUAAGAACAGGGAAGAUAAAAAUUCAAGAUAUUUUAGCAUGCAGCUUCCUAGAUGAUUUAUUGGAGUUAAGGGAUGAGGAACUGUCCAAGGAGAGUCAAGAAACAAAUUGGUUUUCUGCUCCUUCUGCCCUACGGGUGUAUGGCCAGUAUUUGAAUCUUGAUAAGGACCACAAUGGCAUGCUCAGUAAAGAAGAAUUCUCCCGCUAUGGAAUGGCAACCAUGACCAAUGUCUUCUUAGACCAUGUUUUCCAGGAGUGUCUCACUUACGAUGGAGAAAUGUGA